GAAACUAGUUGUGCUAUAAAUUGUUGGAUGAAAGAGACCUAGAACCAAUUUUGUGAUGAUAUUCAGCCACAAAUUUUCAAUCUAAAAUAUUACUAUUCAAGCGAAUGUAGCGCAUUUAAAUUUUCAUUUAAAAUAUUCUACACGUGAAUUAUCGUGAUAAACAUUGGUUCAAUCAAAUAGAAAAGGUUACUAUAUUACGAAAUACAUACGCAGGUGAUUCAUUUAGAGAAUGAGUAAUAACAACAAAAAGCAUGGCGCACAGGUAUCAGAGAUGAAGCGAAGAACACUUUCGGGUAGCUGCGGGAUUGGCUUGUUUAUGAUAUCGUUCAUUUGUGUGUUCAUCGCAUUUGCUACACCAAGUUGGAUAGUUAGUGAUUAUAGAAUAACAGGAGCAAAACUCGAUCGACUCGGACUAUGGACACAUUGUUUCAGAUCACUGGCUGAUCCCAAUGAUGACUACAAUAGACGCUUUUUCGUUGGAUGUCGCUGGGUAUUUGACCCAUUUACUACAGGAUAUGAUGAAAUACGUGGCUUUUUGAUUCCUCCAUUCAUGAUCGCGACACAAUUUUUCUAUACAUUGUGUUUCAUUGCUUCUCUGAUUGGUUUUGGGCUGGUGAUGUUCUUCUUUCUAUGUGCCGGGCCAGAUCAAAAGUUUUUCGUAAAACUAAUAAAAAGUACAGGUUUUUUGUUGCUAGGCGGUGGAGCAAGCGGCUGCCUGGGUGUGAUCAUUUUUGCAAUUUGGGGAAACAAAGACAAAUGGUUGCCUGAACAUGCUAACAAUUUUUUCGGAUGGUCUUUUAUCCUUGCUGUAAUUGGAGCUAUUGGAUUAGUUGCAUCAUCUGUCCUGUUUCUCACCGAAGCAAAUGUUCAGCAUAAAAAAUUAAAACAGUUGAAAGAUUCACAGGCUCGAUUUGAGCUUGAAAGAUCGUCAAAAUAAUAUUGAAAAUCUACGAAGUCAAUUUUGCCGUAACAAAAAAUGUUAUUUAGACCGUGAUUUAAGGUAAAUCUCGACGAUGACAUAGCUAUAAAAUUUGUUAUCUUUUACACGAAAACUAUCGAAAUCUCGUAAAUCCGUCCAUUUUAAAUUCUAUUGUUUGAACGUUUUAAAUUAAGUCAGUCUUCUAGAAUUAAUGUUACAUGCAUAAUAUUUCACAUUUAACCAUAUAAUUUUAUACAUUUUAAAUGAUAUGUACAGCUAGGGUGUUCAGGUUUGGGGAGUCAAAUAAGAAUAUAUGAUUUCUACGUAGAUUUCGGCCCAAAAAAUCGGAAUCAAACAAUAAAUCGUCCUUCAUUGCUAAUAAAUUUGGAAUUUCACCGAAA